ACGGUGCUUCUUUCUCUGACCAGUGCCCAGACCGACAUCACAGACAUGGCUCCGUGAUCAGGCACAUGGCGGCAGCCAGCCAUGAACCAAAAAAGAACUCACCAAAAACAGUUAAUGCAUCAAUAGCAACCUGAUUUUGUUUAUUUUGGAUUAAUCUAUUGCUAUAACUGCAAUAGAACUACAAUCGGUUUUAACUGUCACGGGGAAAUAAGCUAGCUAGCUUCUUGGAACCUCACUCUUUUACUCAGCUAUUUAACUCGGUUUUAAAAACUGUUUUAGUUCGGAUCGCUCAUUUUUUAGGACAGUCAUCAUGGGUGUGCAAGGUUUCCAAGAAUACAUAGAAAAGCACUGCCCUACUGCCGUGGUACCGGUGGAGCUCCAGAAGCUAGCCCGGGGAAGCCUUGUUGGAGGAGGUAGGCAGAGACCACCACAGAGCCCGCUACGGCUGCUGGUUGACGCGGAGAACUGCCUUCACCGGCUUUACGGGGGCUUCUACACGGACUGGGUGAGCGGCGGCCAGUGGAACCACAUGCUUGGGUACCUGGCCGCCCUCGCCAAAGCAUGUUUCAACGGCAACAUUGAAUUACUGGUGUGCUUCAAUGGCGCCAUGGAGAAAGGCCGCCUUCACGAAUGGGUCAAGCGACAGGUGAACGAGAGACAGACAGCGCAGCAGAUUGUCAGCCAUAUCCAGAAUAAGGGCACCCCGCCGCCGAAGGUCUGGUUCCUUCCACCGGUGUGCAUGGUUCACUGCAUAAGGCUGGCCCUACUCAGGUUCCACAUUGGGGUAGUUCAGAGCAUUGAGGACCACCACUUGGAGGUGAUGUCUCUGUGCAGGGAAAAUGGCUUCCAUGGCCUGGUGGCCUAUGACUCGGACUACGCCUUGUCCAACAUCCCGUACUACUUCUCAGCACACGCCCUGAAGCUGAGCCGCAACGGAAAGAGCCUCACCACCUCCCAGUACUUGAUGCACGAAGUGGCCAGACAACUGGACCUGAACCCAAACCGUUUUGUGAUCUUCGCCUCACUUUUGGGUAACCACAUACUGCCGGAUGAAGACUUGGCUGCCUUUCACUGGAGCCUCUUGGGUCCAGAGCAUCCUCUAGCAUCGCUCAAGGUGCGUGCCCACCAGCUGGUGCUCCCGCCAUGUGAUGUGGUGAUCAAGGCGGUGGCUGACUAUGUACGAAACAUGAAGGACUUCAGCGACCUGGAGGCCAUCGCUAAUGACAUUUUUAGACACUCACAGUCCAGAACGGAUGACAAAGUAGUACGCUUUAAGAAAGCGGUGGAAUACUACUCAGCAGCCAACCAGCCACCUUACUGCUCCCUGUACCAAGCCAGACCAAACCUGAUCGGCGGGGGACCUCCAGGGGAGGCAGUCCUUCCACAGUACCCAGCUGUAGCUCCGCCCCCUCAGACACUCAACAUUCCAGCCUCUCACCUCCCGGGCCCACCUGGGGUCCAGUCUGCCUACCCGAACCCCCCAGGGGUAGAGCCAGGCCCGGGGACUGGUACUGGGGCAACUCCUGGUUCUUCUGCUGGUUCCGUUAGUGGUUUGGCCGUGGACCCAGUGGGGGAGCUGGUCCCUGGCAGCUUCAGGAACAUUCCCCCAGAGGAGAAGCAUACUCCGUUGUAUGAGAGGUCUUCUCCCAUCAACCCCUCUGUCCCCCCAGGGACCACGGUCGUCACCAGCCCCGCUCACAACCACGCCGACCCAGCCUUCUUCAGCACCUCCUCUCCCUCCUCCUCCACCUCCUCAGAGAAUGAGGAGAUUGAGGAGAACACAGGCUCCAAUGCCAACCAUGUGCAUGAGGCUAAAGGUGGAUGGGACAAACUGUCAGAGAGCACCGCAGAGGGGGAGCUGGGAUACCAAACCAAGGGUGACCUUGUCAUGACCUCCCCUCUGGGUCAGGGUUUAGAGGCCAUGGGUCACCUGAACGCCCACAUCCCGUCUCUGCUGUCGAUGCCGACCAGAAACCACAUGGACAUCACUACCCCUCCGCUCCCCACGGUGGCGCCAGAGGUUCUCAGAGUGGCUGAACACAGACACAAAAAGGGCCUAAUGUACCCCUACAUCUACCACAUUCUAACUAAGGGGGAGAUCAAGCUGUCCGUCACCAUUGAGGACGAGGCCAACACGGAGUUGCCGUCGGCGGUGCCACUGUUCAGGCCCAUCCGCCAGUAUGUCUAUGGGGUCCUCUUCAGUCUCGCCGAAGCCAAGAAGAAGGCGGAGAGACUCGCCAUGAGACGCAACCGCCUGCCUGAAUACCCCCCUGUGGUGGUGAAGGAGUGGGCGGCCUACAAAGGAAAGUCCCCUCACACCCCGGAGCUGGUGGAGGCGUUGCCCUUCAGGGAGUGGACCUGCCCCAACCUGAAGAAGCUGUGGCUAGGCAAGGCUGUCGAGGACAAGAACCGUAGGAUGAGGGCCUUUCUGGCCUGCAUGAGGUCCGACACCCCAUCCAUGCUCAACCCAGCCUGUGUCCCCACGCAACUACUGGUGCUGUGCUGUGUGCUGAGGUUUAUGUUACAGUGGCCAGGCUUGAGAAUUUUGCGUCGUAACGAACUUGACGCCUUUUUGGCCCAGGCGUUGUCCCCAAAGCUGUAUGAACCUGACCAGCUGCAGGAACUCAAGAUUGAUAACCUGGACCCUCGUGGCGUGCAGUUGGCCGCUCUGUUCAUGAGCGGUGUGGACAUGGCCCUAUUGGCCAACGACGUGUGUGGCCAGCCAAUACCCUGGGAGCAUUGUUGCCCAUGGAUGUACUUUGAUGGCAAGCUGCUGCAGAGCAAGAUGACCCGAGCCACGCGGGACAAGGCUCCACUUAUCGACCUCUGUGACGGUCAGGCUGAUCAGGUGAACAAGGUUGAGAAGAUGAGGCAGAGCAUCCUGGAGGGGCUCAACUUCUCUCGCCCCCCUCAUCCCAUGGCCUUCCCUCCGCCUCCCACUCAUCCCCACACACACCUACAUGCCAUGCCUUUCUACCCCCCUGGAGGAGCCUUUUACCCCCCACCACACAUGAUGCCACCCCAGAACAGGGGCAGGGGAAUGGGGAUGCCUGGUGGUCCAUGGCCUGCAGGCCUGCCCAGCAUGUCCUCCCAGGGGGGGAAGCUGGAGAUAGCUGGGACGGUUGUGGGCCACUGGGCGGGCAGCAGACGUUGCCGAGGCAGAGGAGGCUUUCCCAUCCAGGUGGUCUCUGUUGGUGGGGCUUCCAGAGGAUGUCCACGGGGUGUGAUCUCCACUCCCAUCAUCAGGACCUUUGGUCGAGGAGCGAAACAUCCUCUCAGAGGCUUCAAAAGCCAGGGGAUGUAUCAGAGUAAGCCAGCAUACUCUACCACAGUCAGUGAGUUGAAGGAGAGGAAGAAGCCCAAGACAGAUGAAGGGAAGUGCCCUGUUCUGCUGUCGUCUGACGGCUCUUCUGCAACAGAGAACGGAGUGGAGGACCGAGAGAAGGAGAGAGAGGAGGAGGAGAUCAAGGAGGAGCAGCUGAACGGCCAGGCCACAAAGGAGAGCGGGAGCAGGGUUUUGAUUAGCCAACCAGAAAGUGCCUUUAGCAGUGACUCCAAGAUGUGCAAUACUAACCCUCAUCUAAAUGCACUAAACACAGAAAGCACCUGUCUCAGAGAUGCAGAACCUCUGAGCUUACAAACAGAAGAGUAAAAAAAAAAACUAUUUUUGUAGAGAGGGUGAGGAGUGUGUGAUGUUAGGAAUAUCUGGAGUGUUGGGAAGUCUACAGCCAGUUUUCCCAUUUCUAUGAGUCUCAAAUUACACCCUUUUUGCUAUAUAGUGCACUACUUUUCAUCAGGCCCCAGUGGCACCCUAUGGGUCCUGGUCAAAGUAGUGUGACAUAAAGGGGACAGAGUGGCAUUUGGAACAGUCAUCUAUUCCUCGGUAGAGAACAGAAGAAAACAACAUGAAAUUCAAAUCCCUAUUUAAUCAGCCCGGUU